AUGGCAAUGAAUGCCAAAAGGCCAAGGCUGGAUGAAGCCCCCACUUUGCUUAUACGGAUUUGUGAUGCAUUUGUCCGGACACCAGUGAAUAUUAUAAGCCCUAUCAUAAAAGCAAAAGCUUCAGUGCGCGUCUUUUACAAACUUCAAGGCCAUUUACUGGAAAAAAUACUACGUGAAACAGGAGAAGGAUUUGGUUUGGAGUUAUCAAAUAUCCUCUGGCGCCAACUUACUGAGAACAGCCACAGCGACACUGAAGGCAAUAUUUUCAUAGAGUAUAGGGCAUCCAAGCCACUGGACACAGAUACAUUUGCCUUAUAUAAGGAUUGCAUAGAAAAACAGUUGAAAGAAUCAGGAAUAAGAAAUGUUUUAAUACAUCAAGUGAAGGAUCAGAUAACAGUUUGCCAGCCUUUAAUAACAGAGAUUGACUACAGGAUACAUAAGGUAACAUCCACAUAUCAGCGCCAGUUGGUAGGAGAUGGAAACCUGGUAGAUGCAGAAUUGCACAGCAUCCAAACACAGCUUGUAGAACUGCACCAAAACCCAAUUCAGGUGGCAGUAUUUUCACAUAAUGGUGUGGGAAAGAGUUUCCUUCUCAAUCUGUUGCUGCUACUGACAGAAGAAAACAAGGAGGAAUUGGAGGCUAACGGACUGAAGAAAAUACAAACAUUGCAGGCCAUUGAUGAACAUGCAGAAGUUAGAAUGGUGAAGGAUGAUUAUUGUACAGAGCUGCCAGAAGCAAUACAAGAUUUUAUUAAAGACCUUAAUGGCGAUGAGAGAAACUUCCAGAGUUUAGUGGGAUCUAUCUGCCAUGAGUUAAGAUUUACAAAUCAAGAGGAAUUAAGAAAAAAUGCAGAUUCCUUUGGAAAUCUCGGGGACUAUUUUACAGACCAAAAGAGGAUUAGCAUCGAGCCUUACUUGCUGCCACAGAAAGAGAUAUGUUAUUCUUAUAAUUCCACAACAAAAUGUAUAUUCAUUAUAAAAUAUGGGGCUUCCUUUCAAAUGAGAGUGGAUUACCUGGACAAGAAACAAAUACAAAAUCAGUUGUUUGAGCUCAAAUUUCUAGAGCCAGAAAUGAGAACAAUAAAAUCUGAUAAUGAAAUAAAACAAAUGGCUUUUGAGUCACUGAAGGCACGAGCCGCUGUAUUAACUGCAUAUGCUUUCCCUGAAAAUGAUGAGCAAGCACUCAGGAACAUCCUGUGUUCUAUAACCCAUCCUGAAGAUGUUAAUAUAUCCAGAGACGUUGAAGCAUUUGCAGGAAAAACAGAAAUAUAUCUUGGGAAAGGGGAAAAUGCUUCAGAAGAAAGGCUGGCUCUUCAGAAACUCCUCCAAGAGUUUACAUUACAAAAUGAAGCUACAUCUGACCUCAUGAGCAAAAAAAUUGCAGCAGUUAAAAGCAUUGUGGUUUAUGUGCCCAGCAAACUCCUGCAUAGCGGGAUAGAAAUGGUGGAACUGCCGGGAACUGACCAUUCUGACCCACUGGUGUUCAGCUUUAUACAAGAUGCUCUGGACACAGCCGAUGCCUUACUUCUGCUGUCUGAGUUUGCCUUUGUCGUUACUGGAAAAGAAGUUAAAUACAUGCUUAAACACAGUGGUUUCUUUAAAAAUUGGCUAAAGGAUUCACAAGAAUAUAAACUAAUGUUCCUUUCCUAUCCAGAAAAGUAUCAAAAAUAUCAGUUUGGAAGAAGUGACCUAAUCAACCUACAGAGGAUGGAACAUGAAGAGGAAAAGAAAAGAAUGAGGGAAUUAGAGGAGCUUUCCAGAAUAAUGUACCCGAAUUCUUUGACCCCAAAUAUGACAAGAAAUAUAGUUACUUCAACAAUUUUGCCACUGUUGCACACAUCAAUCCACGCACAAGAGGGAAUGCCUCAUGAACUGAUUGGGGAAUAUGCAAGAUUUUUACAAUACACUGGAAUUCAAAACUUACUCACCCAGCUUGAUCUCUUUAUUCUGAAAAGAAAACAAAUUCUGUUAGAAGAGCUUGAAAAUAAACUGACUGAUUUUGAAAAAAAGAAAAGCAAUGAAUCAAACAAGGGACCCAGAAACAGCGCUGGAUGUAGCCCACAAAAGCCAGAUAUUAUACAAGAAUCCUUUUUGAAGAAAAAUGAAGACCUUUUCAAUGGCCUGAAACAAACACAAGAAAGAAUAAUUAAUGACACCAUCAACUCCACACUAACAGAUUUAAUGCUACAGUCGGCCACAAGUGCCAUAAAAAUGUGGGCUGAAAAAGAGAGAAAAAUUACAGAUCCUGGGAUCUUCAAUCCAGAAUACAAAGGCAAACAUCCAGCUUUUCAGGUGAAAAUACAUGAUUUGUUGUUUGGUGAUCUUGCCGAAAAGUUACCACUAGUUUUUCAGAAACUUAUUAAGGACCUAAAGCAAGUAUUUGAACAAUACAAGGUACAUCAUAUAUUUCAGUAA